AUGCUCCAACGCCAUUUUAAGUUUGACGACGACUACGUUCCCAUUGAUCGCCAGGAAGAAGUUUAUAAGCACGAAGGAACGUGUGAAUGUGGGUACCAUGGAAAUUCAAAAACGUGGCUAAACGACCAUGUGUUGAAGAAUAAAUGCCCCUUGUUGAAACCUGAUGCAAUUGUUCCUCCGCGACCUCAGUACCUAUGCUCUAUCUGUGACAGAAGCUUUGGACGCGAAGUUGACUGGCUUCGCCAUCUCCAGUCCCAUCGAGGCAACUGGGACUUCACGUGUAAGUUCAAACACCUUGGCGAGUGUGGCUACCGCAAGGAACCCUUUCGUAAACCUUGGGGAUGCAUCAGACACAUGCUCAAUGUCCACUUCAAGUUUGACAAGUUGCGGAACACAUCUAGAUUACCUACACGUCGAAUGUACCAAAGUUAUGGGAAGUGCAAAUGUGGCUACAAGGGUCGGGCCAAGAUCUGGGUGGACGACCACGUCUUGGGAGACCAGUGUCCUUUAAUCAAGGAGCCGUCUGAGUCUGAUGCUGGAGAAUAA